CAAUUGUUGGCACUUCUAGGUCUCCGAGGUUCACAGGCUGUAUAUUCCAAGUGCCUCAAAGUUUCGUCCUGCCUGUCCAAUUCAUAUCCGAAUGAUCCCUCUUCCGUACGUUAUGGGCAAGGGAUAUUCUGCUCAGUAUUCUCCUGUCAAUGGAGCGGACGACGAGGACGAGAAGCUUCUCCAUAGGGAUGCAGAAGCCAGACCUCACUCGAAGUCCCGUCUCCUUCACGUAUCGCUGUGGCUCAUACAUGGUAUCCUGAUAUUUAUAACGUUACUCUUCUUCACGCUAUGGGCACGAGCACUUUCGAAGGAUGACAUACUCCUGUACUCUCCGGCAAACGAGGCUAUUGAAUCCAAAGGCAUUGUGAGAUUCAACGGAAGUUGGGAUCGUCGUGAGGUAUAUCGCGGCAGUCCGUCUCCAGAUCUUGAAGCAGCUUGGGAUAGAGUAACUGCCAAUGGGCGCCCAAUGGGUAUAACGCUCGAACAACUACUCGAAAUAGAGGAAGAACCUGCCCCAUUCAUGGCUAGGUAUCCGGAAGAGUACGGCGGGAAUUAUUUGGCGAUUGUAGAGGUUAUUCACCACCUUCAUUGCAUAAACAUAGUUCGCAGAUCCACCUGGCGUAACCAUUAUAUGGCAGAAGAUCCUGACUUUAUCCGAUGGCGCAUCCAUCCUGAUCACUGCGUCGAAAUUCUCAGACAAGCCAUUAUGUGCCCCUCUGAUGUAACAAUGGUUAAUUAUGAUUGGGUUGAGGGACUCGACGAUCCUUACCCAAACUUCAAUAUUCCUCAUCAAUGUAGGGACUUCGAGAAGAUUUUGACUUGGGUAGAUGAUCGUCGUGUUAACAUCCCUCCAUCGAAGUUGAUCCGCCAGGAGGAUAAUGUUGAUCUUCCUUACCCUCCCUAAUUGUAUUCCCGACCCAUAGAGGAUCUACAGGAGGCAUGAUAUCGCAUCACGAAUGUCACUACAAAGACGUAUGACUCGAGUUCUAGUGCUUAUAGGCUGUCGCACAAUAAAUUCCCUUCGAAUUAGAUAUCUUGUAAAGUCGGAGGCA